AUGGAAAAACGAACGAAACGAAUGGAAGACGGGAAGCGGAAAGGGACGGAAGAGGAAAAUGAGGCCGAGUGGCCGGAAAUGCCGGCAGGCUAUCGGAUUCUCGUAAGUCAGACACGUGUGGAACGGAAUGCAGAUUGGCAUUUGAUUUGCAGAGUGAGGAAGAGCAACAAUUGAAAAUGCUGGAGGAAGAACGGAGGAACCAGGAGAUGAAGGUCACGAACACGGUAAGCGAUCGGAGCAUCCCAGGGCAGUCCCUCUUCCUCAGAAUUGUCACGGGCCGGGCCGAUGGAGGAUUGACCCCCGGCAUCGGUUUCAGCACUGACAAAACCGUCUUGUUUUCACAAUUUGUGUGCUUGCGAACUUGAGGAAGUGCCAAAACAGCGGAAAGAAAUGCGAAAACAUCGGAAAAGCCGUCCAACGCUUUUGGAUCAGUUUCAGCAGACGGCGAACGACAUUCUGGCGGACAUGCAGCUGGCCGCCGACGGAGAUCUUCUCUCCAGCUUCCCGCCCGAUACGGUCGACGAGCCGAUGGAAACGAGCGGCAUCUCGGACAAUCUUCUCUCCGCUUUCGACGACCAUAAUGAGAGUCCGAUGGCGUGUCAGAUUGUCGUCGACACCAUUCCGGACGACGACGAACUUCUUUUCCCAGAGGUUCCCAGAAUGUGA